AUGCCGUCUGUUGCUUCUGUCAACUGGAAAUACCAGCCACUGGAAUUGAAUAUCGGGGUAGUAAAAUCUGCCUGUAAUGGAAAUGAUAUAUUCCUUAAUGGUGAUGAUCUGGUUUACAAUUGGAAUGGCAGCUUUGGAUAUGGAUUUGAAAGUGUUGGAGAUGUGAAUGUCGGCAAUAAGGUUGGUUUUACUGCAUCCUUCAAGCAGGUCCAUAAACCGGUGAUUCUCCGGCUCCGCACUACACCGGCAGAUAUAUCAAGCAACAUUUCAUCUGCAGAGGAUUGGAGAAAUACAGACAAAAUUGAGUUCCCUCUAGAUGCGGAACAAACCAAAGAAACACAGCCAGAUGAGACUAUUGAACAGCAGUGGGAUUAUUUACACCGUCUAAAGGCUAGAUCUCGUCAGUUGGACCUGCAGAUUAGCAGGAAGAGUGGAAAACCCGAGAAGGCUGCAGCAGGGUUGCCAGAGCACACUGUUGAGUUGGGAGAACUGCAGAAGUAUUGGCUACAAAUUUAG